GUCUACAGCCAGCCAUGAGCACGCCUUAGGCAGCAGGGGGAGGGGAAGGGGGCUUGCAUUGCCUGCAAUGAGAAAUUUACCAAUCAGGCCAGAUAGGGGUGCAUUAAAACAAACACAAUUAAAAGAGAGAUACCGAAAAAAGAAAAAGAAACCCGGAGUGGCCAAGUCACUGUGCAGCGAGGCGGACCAGCUGCCGGGGGACUCGCGGGCUGCGAUGAAGCUCCCCAGAAGGGAGGCUGCCCUGGGUUUGCGCAGACACCUGGAUGAAGCAGAAUUGGCCAAGGACUAGCGGGACCCAGCCCUACCACUGCAGCAGAGCCAGAAGAAGGAAGGAAGCUGCAGUCCAGCCUGGGGAGUGCCCGUCAAGCUAAGGGGCGUGCAAUGUCCAGGACUGGGCUGGCUGCCUGCUGAGCCAGAGGGGCAUUGGCCCUGAGGUGUUUUGUUUGUAGAGACUAACGGCCCUGGAGCAGAGGCUUGCAACCAGCUGAUUGCUCAGAGGGUCCCAUCCCUGGUCCCCAGGGAAACAUUCUGGUGUCAUCAGAGUGUCGGCCCCUCAAUGCAAAGGAGCCCCUAGUGUAACGCCUUGGUGCUUGCAUCCCCCAGUGCAGCGUGUCUGUGCAUUUCCCCCAAGGCAUUGCACCGUACUCCCUCAGGGGCAUUGUAACCUCCCUCCUCCCAGGGUACCAGGCACCUCCCUGUCCAGGGCUUUCUGCCCUCUUAGGAACUUGCCAGCCAGCUCCCCUGGGGCACUGCACCCCACGGGCGUUGUCCUGGAGGGGAGGGGUAUCUGGAGGACAUUGCAUCCUCAACUCCAGGGCAUUGCACCCCAGGUGCAUUGCCCGCCAACUCCACCAGGGAGCUGCCCCCGGCUGGCAGAGCCAUGAAGCUGCAGGCGGUGAUGGAGAACCUGCAGCGGCAGCAGCGGGCGCGGCUGCAGCAGGAGCUGGAGGCACGGCAGCAGGAGCAGCAGCGCUCCACACCUCCCCCGCCAGCAUUGCCCCCACCGCCGCCCUCCGGACAGAACGUUGCCGUCCCUGCUGGAGCCUCGCAGUUGGCCCGUGGCCGCAGCCAGGACCCCACCCCACCUGAGGAAGGGGUGGAGCUUGAGAGCGCCCGCAUCCAGCGCGCCCAGAUGGCUGCCCUGGCCGCUAUGCGGGCAGCAGCAGCUGGACUCAGCCACUCUCCCAGCCCGGGAAUGUCGGAUGAGAGCCAGGCCUCAGAGGAGGAAGAAGAGGAAGAGCAGGGGGAGGAGGAGGAGGAGGAGGAGGAUGGCAGGUACCAGCAGGAGAUGGGCUCAGAGGAAGAGGAGGAGCUGAAGCGCAAGUGGGAUGAAGAUGACUUCGAAGAGGACAUGGAGGAGGAGGAGGAGGAAGAGGAAGAAGAGGAGGAGGAGGAGGAAGAUUAUGAAGAGGAUGAAGAAAUGGGGGAGGAUGGAGGGCUGGGCUCUGCAGAAGCGGUGAGAUCUGCGCCGGGAUCUCUGCUUCUUCGCAAGCCGCAGGCCCCCCAGCAGUACCGAGGCGAGCCACAGAGGCUGACGGGGGGCCAGGAGCGGCUGUCAUCUGGAUUGAGCCAUCAGGGACACUUGCAGCUACAGCAGCAGGCUCCAGACCACGGAGACUGGACUUACGAGGAGCAGUUCAAGCAACUGUACGAGCUGGAUGGCGAUCCCAAGAGGAAAGAAUUCCUGGACGACCUCUUCAGCUUUAUGCAGAAGCGAGGGACCCCCGUCAACCGAAUCCCCAUCAUGGCCAAACAGGUGCUGGAUCUUUACAUGCUCUACGUGCUGGUGACCGAGAAGGGGGGCCUGGUGGAAGUGAUCAACAAGAAGCUGUGGCGGGAGAUCACCAAAGGGCUCAACCUGCCCACCUCCAUCACCAGCGCUGCCUUCACGCUACGCACUCAAUACAUGAAGUACCUGUACCCCUACGAGUGCGAGAAGCGAGGGCUCAGCAAUCCCAACGAGCUGCAGGCCGCCAUCGACAGCAACCGGCGAGAGGGCCGCCGGCAGGGCUUCGGGGGCUCCCUCUUCAGCUACUCCCCCAGCGGCACCCCCAGCCUGCUCUCGUCCCCUAAGCUGCAAGUGCCUGGCCUGGGGCUGGCGGCCACCAACGGUGGCCCCAUCUGCCCUGGGCAAAAGAUAAAGAAAGAAGAGGACUCGCCCAUCCCAAUCACCAUGCCCAGCCGACUCCCUGUGUCCCUGGCUGGCCACUCGGUGGUAGCAGCCCAGGCAGCGGCCGUGCAGGCAGCCGCAGCUCAGGCAGCGGUGGCCGCUCAGGCCGCGGCCCUAGAGCAGCUGAGAGAGAAGCUGGAGUCCGGGGAGCCUCCGGAGAAGAAGAUGGCUCUGGUGACGGAUGAGCAGCAGAGGCUGAUGCAGCGGGCCAUCCAGCAGAACCUCCUGGCCAUGACGGCGCAGCUACCCAUGAGCAUCCGCAUUAACAGCCAAGGGACCCGCUCGCCAGAAAACCGUCAGGACUCCGGCAUGAGCCUGACCAGCAACGGCACGAACAGCAUCAGCAUGUCAGUGGAGAUCAACGGCAUCGUCUAUACAGGUGUGUUGUUCGCACAGACCCCGGGCCCCUCGUCCUCCUCGCUCCCUUCCUCCGCCUACAGCAAAGGAAACAGCGGCAGCCGGAGCAGCAGCAGCAGCAUUGUGGGGGGCAGCAGCGUCGUCUCCCAGGCUGCCCCGGCUGCUUCGUCCGCCCCUCCAACCUCUACCUCUAAUAACUCUUCUUCGCCUUAGCCCCCUCUCCCCCAACGGCAGCGCCUCAUCUCACCAAAAGACAAAAAAAAUAAAAAUAAACCCACGCGUGGAGCUUCUAUCACAGCUGAUGCCAAAAACCAAGCUUGCAUCUGGCUUUCCCGGGGGGUGGGGGGAGGAAGCCCUGUCUCCCCCUCCUCCUGAGAGGACUGGAGCAAGUUUUGCAAGGAGAAAAGCUUUAAUCCAGGGGGUUUCAUUAAAAGCAGCCUGGGCUCUGAGCCAGUCCUUACCUGUUAGCUUUGGAGGUGAUGCAUCGUCCUCCCGGAACGCUUUACCUCACAGACACCCUACUUUGCACUGUGCGUUUGUUUUUUUUCAAUGUUGCUGUUUGAAGUUGUGUUCUUUUGGAUACCUCCAGACAGACACACAGUCGCACCGACGCCCGCGGGCUUGUGUUUUUAAUGAAACCUCCCCACCUUUCGUUUCAUUUCUUUUUUUUUUUUUAAACCGAAACCAAAAUUUGCAAAAGCGGGAGGAAUUUGAAUCCUUUAAAUCUUUUUAAUUUUAAGAACUACACUCAGCAUUUUAUGAGGUGGUUAUUUGGAUCUCUCUCUCUCUCUCUCUCUUUUUAUUUUUAUUUUUUGUAAAUAGCUUCUAUUUUAUUCUCCAAAAAAAAAAUCAAACCUUAACUCUCAAAAACGAUAUAUAUUAGUGUUCGUUCAGGGAAGCAGGACUUGGAAACCUUGUAACCUCUUUUUCUUUUUUUCUUGUCGUCAUCUGAUGUUGAUCUUUGGUCGAGUUCGAGCCACGCUACUUUCUUUCGAACGUUGGUGACGCCCGAGGUUCGGGAGAGAGCCAGGGUGACCCCACUGAACGAGCUCAGGUGUUUGUGUGCAGCGUGGAAGGGGGCAGGAGGGAUUUAAACAAGCUCCAUUUGGAGAUCUUAGGGUUGAAGUUGCAUCUUUGAGCUGCAGUUAUUAGGAGACGGUUUUGUAUAGCUGCCUCAUUGGGGAAAGUCUGCGUUUCUAGGAUCCAUUUCCUUCAGGGAUAGAGGUAGAAGGGUUAGGUGCCGCCUCUUCAGGCUCUCCGCUCCGCAGCUAGCUGUUGGACCUUGGUCCUCUAGGGGCUUGAGCUGACCUUGAUCCAGAAAAGCACGUACGCGCCUCCUGGGCUUUGGGCAUCGCCUCAGUGAAGCCGGAGGGGUUACUCACAGCUCCAAGUUUAGCAGGUGCAUAACAGCGGUGCUUUGGCUCAGGGCCAGAGUGUGCAGCCAAGGGCAGGCGGCAUAAAGCGGAGCUGUCUGCACAGCCAGCCUGCUUCGUUGGGGUCCUGCUUCAGCAAAGCACCUGGUCGCGGCCCACUGGCGGUAAGGGGACUUCCGCAAACGCUUCACAGUUUGGGUUUGAGAGCUGUGCGGAGGGGGCUGGGCGUGGCGCGGGGAAGGCAGUGCGUGUGGAGGUGUCGGUGCUCGACACCCGUAGCCUGCAGUAACGAUACGCUUGCCCUGGCUGGCAGGAAUUCUCCGGGCAUAACCUGAGGGGCCGCAAAGGGUGCGAUUCCGGCUUGUAGGCUUUGGAGGCAAAAAAACAAGUUUUGCAUCACGAGACUGAAUGGUAAAGCUCCCCAAACUCUACUUCCCAUCCCCAGUCCAGAGCACCCUCCCUUUCCCUUUGCCUCUUUUAUUCCCUAUGAUCUGGACCUACGUGUGAGGGAAUUAGGUUCCCCACUCUCAUUGACUUGCCCCUAAUUCCAUCUGGCUUCUUUGAAAAUCCGAGGCUUAAUCUGAAUCUGUGGUACAACUGAUGCUGCACCACUGAGGGUCCUGCUUGCAGCUGCCUGCAGUUACCUGCAAUUUGGCGUCAUCACAAGGGACCGGCUGGCCUGUUACACUUGGUCUGUUUUGUAUUUUUCUCGUGUGUUUGUUUAAUUUCUCGGUGGAGGAAAUUAACGUCGAUGAGUCCUCUGCUUCCCCACCCCACUCCCUCCCAGGGAACCCUGUUCCCAGGGGCUUACAGUACAAUUCUCUCCCUGUAAUUGGGUCCAGGGAGCAUAAUUUAAUGAGCUCUGUGCUGUGUGCCGUGUUCCUGACGUGAGUGCAGGGGCGGGGUUAUUCUGGAGGAGAAAUUCCAUUUUAGAGACAAUCGAGGGCUUGCGGCAGAAUUCAUCUGUCCAGCUGGGAAGUCUCCUGCAAGGUGCUGAGUGCCGUUAAUUCCCACCGAAGCAGCUGUGUGUUGAAUGUGCCCAGCAUGGCUCAGGAUCGAGCCUUAAGCGUGUGUCCUGCUGUAGCCAUAUGUUUCCUCUGCCCUGUCCUGUGGCACCAGAGCAUCCUUACCUGCAUAAUAGCCCUGGCCCAUAAAGGUUCUGAUUUUGAUUCUCGGCUGCUGUCAUUUACACCAGCACAGAGGGUGGGUGUGAAGCGAAAGUGCUUUUGCACUGGUGCAAACAUCUGCGCAAAGGGCAAAGCAAUGAAAUGGAGACCCAAGGCCUCCCUGUUUGGCCUCUCUUGCAAACAACGGGGGUGGAGCACUCUGGAUUUUUUUUAAACGACAUCUUUUCCUGCUGAUUUUUGUGCUUUUCCAUUUGAUAAACCGGCUCCCAACCUCCCCAGCCUGUUUUUCUAGUCACAAGCCGCUCUGACUGCCUCCAGCUCCCUGACCCUGCAUUCUGCCAGCAGCUACCAGCCUGAUAGCUCACUGCUCUGCUGGAAACCAGCACAGAGAAUCUGAUCUAAAGGCAAUACUAUAAUGUAGAAUCCAGACUGUACACGUGCCCUCUCUGCCCCCGUCCCCCCACCCCCGCCCGCCCUGCUGUUUUCGCCAGAUUCUAGAUACUUGUCACACCUCAUCGUCUGCUCAGGGCUGAAACAGCAAACUGGUUCUUCGUAGGUUUCUUUUCUUUUCUUUUCUUUUCUUUUGGACAGGUGAAGAAAAUAACCAGAAAAAUCAGGUGUGCUAGAUAAAAGUCAGGGAGAUUCCUGCUUCACAUCUUUCUGCACCAUUUUCUCUCUGGGUCAGCCAUAGCACAAGGGGGGCUCUUUCCUGAUGUCUCCUACGGUGUUGCUGGCGUAAAGCAGAUGCGAGGACUAGAUAUUUUCAGAAGGGCUCAGUGCUCUUUAGCGGCACUGAAACAAGUGGGCAGAUUUUCAAAGGAAUCCAGCAGGUUGGGUCGUGGGCGGUUUGUGAAAACUGACCCGAGGUGUCACCAUAGAAGCUGAGCACUCAUGCUGUUCUAGCCUCGGUGGCAGGCAUUGAGCGUUUGAAAAUAUGGCCCCACACCCCAAGAUUUUUACACCUCAGGCCUUUGGUGCUCCCUGUGCUGCUAGGCGGACGAGGGUGGGAGCACUGCCAUGAAGCAUAUUGUUGCAGUGAUAUUUUUAGAAUGUGCACUGGGAUUUUUUUUUUUAAUCUCCAUAGUGAAUGUUAAAGAGACACCAUGGGCUUGCCGCAUUUCUGUCUGAACAAGUUCCCUGGCGUUGCUGCAGCUAACCUGAUGCUCCCUGAAGAUUAGAGACAGGACAAAAUCCCCCUGGGUUAUUUUUAUUUUGUUUCCCUCUGUGCAUCUGACAGCGCUUUAUGUAUGGUCAGUUUCACUGUUUUUCCCCCUCUGCGAGGCCUGAGCCAAAGCCCACUUCAGUUUCCACUGACUUUGGUCAAGCCCCUAGCGCCUCAGUUUCCCUUCCUCAGAGUGGAUCUUAAGGGGAUUGUGAAAGCAGGGAAAUCGGCGGAGGGACUGCAGAGCAGGUGCAAAACCCUCCUGCUGCCUCCAGGUCAUUGAAAUUGACAAGAUCUCAAGCUGAUUGGGUCCCUCCGUAAACGGUCCCUUAAAGCUCCCCUGAGUGGUUGCCCGAAACCAAUGGUCACUGAACCCAGGUAUUCAUGCCAGCAGACACAUCUCCCAUCUAGCUGAGAUCUAGCCAGGAACACCCUCUCAUGGAAACAGCAGGAUGGUCAUGACCCCUAGGUUUUGUCAUAUACGAUGAUUCUUCCUCUGGGUGUGGGGCGGGGAAUGUUGAAGCUGUAACUCAUUCUCUGAGCCAGGACGAUUUGUGCCAAUAUCAUAAUGGCAGUUGGGAGUGUGAGUUUUUCCCAUUAUAGCUAUACUAGUACAGAUCCUAGUGUGGCUACAGUAAAGCCAGUAUAAAGGUGACUUGUACCAGUAGAGCUGUUUCCCUUCUCGUACAGCAAGAGCACCUUUCUACCUGUGUAACUGCGUCCCCACUAGUGGGGUUAUGCUGCUUUAACUAUACCUGUCUACCUGGGGAGGGAGGAGCCACGAAGCUGCUUAAACGUGAUGCAGAAAGAUACUGGAUUUAAUCCUGUUAAAUGUUAAAAGCCUUCUCCCAAGGCUUAAUCAGCGUUAAUCAGCUUUGUCACGCAGAGG